GAAGAAGAAGACGCGUCAGUCAUUUAUCUCAGAGAGAAACAGCCGCAACAUCGUCGCGUUUCUGUUUCUAUGACGACGUCCACAGCUUCCUCGCGUUCACGUAGUUUGGUGUUUUUGCAGAUUUUAACCUGAAGUUUAAAUCGCUGAUCUCAGGAGCCGCCCCGGCGGCCAUGUCCCGCCACCACCCGUACCGCCUGCCGCCGCCGGACCCCGACGCCAGACCCGAGCGGCGCGGCGCGGCCUCGGGCGAUCUCCACAGACGGCCUCAGGGGUCCUCGUCGUCCAGGGCUCCGGCAGCUCCGGCACCCCAGGACCACGAGGCCGGCCUCCUGGUCAGCUGCGGUCUGGAACCCGCGGACCUGUCUCUGCUGGCCGAGCUUCCCGAAGACGUGCUGACGGUGGAGGCGCUGCCGCACAUCCUGCGGCAGCUCAAGGACAGCCGCGGCGUCGGCACCGGCACCGGCAAGCCUCCCAGGGCAGCUCCUCCCAGGGCAGCUCCUCCCAGGGCGGCUCCUCCCAGGGCGGCUCCUCCCAGGGCGGCUGCUCCCAGGGCGGCUCCGCCCACAUCCUCCUCCCACCGGACCUGCUCCGGCCUCUCCCCCAGGGACCGGGAGCUGCUCCGGAACCAGCCGGUCCGGUACCCGCUGGACCGGAUCCCGUCGUCCGUGCCUCCUCACCUCCCGCUCUCGGCGCCUCCGCACCUCCCACCCUCGGCGCCUGCGCACCUCCUGCCAUCGGCGCCUCCGCACCUCCCGCCAUCGGCGCCUCCGCACCUCCCGCCCUCGGGGCCUCCGCACCUCCCGCCCUCGGCGCCUCCGCACCUCCCGCCCUCGACGCCUCCGCACCUCCCGCCCUCGGGGCCUCCGCACCUCCCGCCCUCGGCGCCUCCGCACCUCCCGCCGCAGGCCUACAGGUCCAGGCCGGUGCCGAACCAGGACUACCGGUCCCGCCCCCCGGUGACGCGGGUCCCGGGGCAGCCCCCGCCUCCCCAGCAGCAGCAGCCCCCGCCCCCCCAGCAGCAGCAGCCCCUGCCCCCCCAGCAGCAGCAGCCCCCCCCAGCGUGGGGAGGGAGCCGGCGCUCCUCCAGAGCCGCCCCCCCGGCCGCCCCCUCCAGGAAGCAGGCCCUGGACUUCCACGGCAGGACGCCGGCCUUGUUCCCGUACUCCUGCUCGCUGUGUGACAUCACCGUGCUGUCGGAGCGGGUCUGGAUGCAACACGUGAACAGCACCGCCCACGCAGACGGACAGCUGGGCCUGCUGCAAGAGUGUCCCAGCUGGGACUGUCGGGUUGAAACCUCCAGCAGGGACGAUGAGCGGUCGGAGAGUCCGCGGGACGCAGGGAAGGCGGUGAAGGCUGCAGCGGCAGCGGCGGCGGCCGUGAAGGUGGCGGCGGCCGUGAAGACGGCGGCGGCGGCUCCUCGCAGAGCCGGCCACAGCCAGGCAGCACUACAGUCCAGCAAGAAGCAGCAGAAGUCUUCAGAACGGGGGAAGGUGGUCUGUGUCAAAUUUCCAGCUCAGUCUGUGGACGAGGCGGAUCUCAGAAAACUGACGGAGCCUUUCGGAAAAGUCGUGAGGAUCCUCCUGUUUCCAUCUCUGGCCUUCGUGGAGCUGGGCUCGGUGGACCAGGCCCAGGACCUGGUCCGGUGUCUGAGCAGCGACCCGCCCACGCUGAAGGGAGUUCAAAUGGAGUUCAGCAUCUCCACCACCUUCAGCUUCCUGCAGAGCUCUCAGGUCGUCAGCUUCCUUCCCGCCCCGUCAGGAGACGACGGACGCUCAGAUCUGAUCAGCAUCAUCAAGCGUUUCGGGACGCCGCUCUACACGCUCUUCCUGCCGUCCAAGGUCUUCGUGGAGAUGACCAACCCGUCUCAGGCCCAGAAACUGGUGGAUUAUUAUUCCUCCAACCGGCUCAGGAUCGACCAGGACCAGGUCUCUGUGGCCUUCGCUGCCGAGUACAAGACCCUCAGGGGCGUCUCUUCAGCCCGGAGGUUCGAGGAGGAACCCGUCUCCGUCCAGAGGACCAGCAGAGACCCCGAGACCAGGACCAGGUCCAGGUCCAGAGACCGGUACCGGAGAGACAAGAAGACCAGAACCAGUCCAGAGUCCAGGUCCAGGUCCAGGUCCAGAGAGAGGUCUAGAGAGAGGAAGCAGAGACAAGGAGAGACCAGGAGCAGGUCCAGAGACCAGGACCAGGACCCCCCCAGCAGGUCCACAGGACCGAUGGAGACCAGAGAGAGUCUGGAAGAACCACAGAAACCAAGAGAGCUACGGGCGGGUCCGGGCGUUGCCACGGAGACGGAGGCUGCGGGGGACGAGGAGGACGAGUCUGAGGACGAGGAGAGCGACCUGGAGGGGGUGGAGACACCUGAAGAGGAGGAGGGAGGACGGGCUCAGGAGACACCCGUGUCCCAGGAGACACCCGUGUCCCAGGAGACACCCGUGUCCCAGGAGACACCCGUGUCCCAGGAGACACCCGUGUCCCAGGAGACACCCGUGUCCCAGGAGACACCCGUGUCCCAGGAGACACCCGUGUCCCAGGAGACACCCGUGUCCCAGGAGACAGGGGACACCAACGAAGACGUGGAGAUGAAGACGGAAGGAGACGAGAUGAAGACAGACAAAGACGAGGAGAUGAAGGAAGACGAGACAAAGACAAAAGAAGACAAGAUGAAGAAACCUGAGGAAGAGGAGGAGGGAGGACGGGCUCAGGAGACACCCGUGUCCCAGGAGACAGGGGACACCAACGAAGAAGAGAAGACCAACGAAGACGUGGAGAUAAAAGAAGACGAGGAGAUGAAGACGGAAGGAGACGAGACGAAGACAGACAAAGACGAGGAGAUGAAAGAAGACGAGACGAAGACAAAAGAAGACGAGGCAAAGACAAAAGAAGACGAGACGAAGACAGAAGAAGACGCGGAGAUGAAAGAAGACGAGGAAAUGAAGACGGAAGGAGAAGAAGAGACGAAAGAAGAGACGAAAGAAGACGAGACUAAGACCAACGAAGACGAGGAGACGAGUGGAGCUCAGGAGGAAGAACCGGAGGACACGGCGGAAGGAGACGAGGUCUCCCCCAUGGAGCUGGACUCCAACCGGGUCGUCCUCCGCGGGUCCAGACGGGUCAGAACCGUGGCCCGGAGAGCCCCCCAGGACCAGGACCAGGACCAGGACCAGGACCAACCCGGUCCAGUGGCUCCAGAGACCGGGCCCCGGAGCAGGCGGGCUGCACAAGGCCCGGCGCGGCCUGGGAGGAACCUGCGGCCCAGAACCAGGUCCAGGAAGAGUCCGAAGAAGGAGGCGGAACCAGAACCCUCGGAACCAGGAGGACCUGAGACCGGACCGGAGACCGGACUUGAGACCAGACCUGAGACCGGACUUGAGACCAGACCUGAGACCGGACCUGAGACCGGACCUGAGACCAGACCUGAGACCGGACCUGGGACGAGACCUGAGACCAGAUCCGAGACCGGGCCAGAGACCGGACCUGAGACCGGACCUGAGACCGGACCUGAGACCGGACCUGAGACCAGACCUGAGACCAGACCUGGUACUGGACCUGAGACCGGACCUGGGACGAGACCUGAGACCAGAUCCGAGACCGGACCUGAGACCGGACCUGAGACCGGACCUGAGACCGGACCUGAGACCAGACCUGAGACCGGGUCAGAGACUAGACCCGAGACCGGGUCAGAGACCGGACCUGAGACCAGACCUGAGACCGGGUCAGAGACUAGACCCGAGACCGGACCUGAGACCAGACCUGGUACUGGACCUGAGACCGGACCUGAGACCGGACCGGAGACCGGGUCAGAGACCGGUCCGAUGUGUGUCCAGGACUCCAGAACCGGACCUGGACCCACAGAACCGGACAGAACCAGCCCACCCGUCGGUGCGGAGUUCGUGCGGCCGGUGGUCGGAUACUUCUGCCGGCUCUGCCAGCUGAUCUUCUGUGACGAGGACGAGGCCAAACUGAUCCACUGCAGCACGCCGGAGCACCGCCGCCGCUACCAGGUCGCCACGGAGGCGAGAGGAACCGACCCGGGGCCCAGAUGA